UUGCUGGUUAAGCUUUGGGUCAAGACGGACAUCGGAUGUACCCAUGUGCUUCUUGGCGAACUCGAUUACAGACUGUCAAGCAACAGCGUCAGUAAACCAUUACUCGACGAGGGGACGGAAUGAAUAUAGAAAGAAGCAGCGGUCUAGACUAACCUUGACGGCCCAGGGAGCUCUCUUCUUGAAGGAGCGGUUGUGUACACGUUUGUGGAGUCGUUACGAGCGUGUAUUAUCGAUUCCAAGUUUGAUUGAGAUGGACGAGGUGCACCAAUCCAUAACGGCAGCCAUCCAAACCAUAAACACGGCAUUCCACAAAAGUUCCAGAGUUGCAGUUUUGAUUAAGAUUGAGGUCGAGAUCAACAGUCGAG